CUGGCACUCAGCGUAAACAAAUCGGCUGUUUCACAAAAAUAUUCUUAAAGAAAACGAAACUAAUAGAAAUAAUAUAAAGAAAAGAAAGAAGAAAGAAAAUAGAUCCAGGGGAAAUAGACUAGACAACAGUCUAAAACCCUAUAAAAGAAGAAAGAAGAAGAAAGAAGAAGAAAUCGGUUGUUUGUUGAGGCCUCGGAGCGUCGUGCAGAAAUUUCCACAGGCUUCUGAAAAAGGAUAUUUCGGCUGCAACAAUGGAUGUGACAGACACAGAAGAAUUUUCAGAUGCAGAUAGUGCUACCGGAGAUGCAAGGAAUCGGUCUCUUAGUAUGUCUGAAAGUCACUGUUCUGACUUCUCUGAUGCUGAUAACACAGAUUCCCGAGAUGUGAGUGAUUCUCAGUCCACUCCUCUUGGCAGUGAUCCUCUUGCACAACUUCUUGCAACUCCAGAGCAAGCAGUGCGAGAAUGGACACCAGGACGAGACACAGAUGUUGACGUUGGGGAGAGUGCUGAUAUUCUCCUCCCAAAGCCAGCAACUCCACAACCCAGUAAUAAUAGAUUGGAACGGAAGAAAGAAGGCAAAACCAGAAAAGAACAAGAAGAGGAAGAGAGAGAACGUAUGCAGGUCUUAGUCUCCAACUUUACUGAAGAUCAGCUGGACCGCUAUGAAAUGUUUAGAAGAUCAGCUUUCCCCAAGGCAGCAAUAAAAAGGGUUAUGCAGACUAUCACUGGCUGCUCUGUGUCACAGAAUGUUGUUAUUGCCAUGUCUGGUAUUGCAAAGGUCUUCGUUGGAGAGGUUUUAGAAGAAGCUUUAGAUGUAAUGGAAACUGAAGGAGAAUCUGGCCCAGUACAACCCAAGCACCUACGAGAAGCUGUGCGCCGGGUGAGACGUCGCCCGGGGCAGCACAUUCCAACCAUGAAACAGCAAAGGCCACUGUUCAGAAUUUGAGUG